AGACACAGCAGUCAGCAAGUUCAUAGAUAGUAACAAAGACAACAAACAUUCCCCAUUGGCGACAUUGGGUAACAAUGGCAAGUAAAGAGACUGUACUUGAGCGUCUAAACGCUGGUAAACUUUUGAUUGGAGAUGGCGGAUAUAUAACAGAAAUGGAAAGACGAGGUUACGUAAAAGCAGGACUAUGGACUCCGGAAGUAACAGUAGAACACCCUGAAACUGUUGAGUGCUUACAUAAGGAAUUUGCCCGUGCAGGAUCUGACGUUCUUCAAGCUCUCACAUUCAAUGGCAACGAUAAACUAAAAAUGACUACAGCACAACUUGAUGAAGUGAAUGAGUCUGCCUGUAGGAUCGUGAAGAAAGUAGCCACAGAAUAUGGAUGUUUUUGGGCUGGUGGUGUUUCUUCAACAAAGAUUUAUGCUAAUGGUGGCUCAAAAGAAGAAGUUCAACAAUGCUUCAGAGCUCAGGCUGAAAUAUUUGAGCGACAUGAUGCCGAUUUUCUUAUAGUUGAAUACUUUCGCGUUUGUGAAGAAGCAGAAUGGGCGGUUGAAACUUUGAAGAAAAUAGGAAAACCUGUAAUGGCCAGUCUAUGUGUAGGACCUGAUGGUGAUCACAACGGUACAUCAAUAGAGGAAUGCGCUGUACGCUUGAUCAAAGCUGGUGCAGAUGUUAUUGGCGUAAAUUGUUUAUUCGAUCCACACGAGUCUUUAAAAGCAGUAGCUAAAAUGAAAGAGAGUGUGGAAACUGCUGGACUCAAAACUCAUUUCAUGUAUCAGCCUUUAGGAUUUCAUUGCCCAGAUGCUCAUAAAAAAUUUGGUUACGUUCUACUUCCAGAAUUUCCUUUUGCUUUAGAACCCCGACAGCUGACCAGAUGGGAUGUUCAUAAACUGGCUCGAAGUGCUUACAACAUGGGAGUGAGAUACAUCGGUGGAUGUUGUGGAUUUAAGGCCUAUCACAUCCGGGCAAUCUCAGAAGAAUUUGAAAUGGAGCGAGAUAAGAGAGCCAGCAAUAGUGAAAAACACGACCCAUUUGCAAGAAAACUGUUUUCAACAGAUGCAGGAAGAGUUCGCGAUAAAGACUAUUGGAUGAGAAUGAAUCCAGCGUCAGGAAGACCAUACUGUCCAUCAUAUAGUAUACCAUUUCAAAAUUAACGAUAUAAUCUGUUGAUUUAUGAAUUAGUUAAAGUUUGAAGAAAAAAUGUGCUUUUGAAGAUCCAAACAUAUUAACAGUCUAGUCUAGGCAAAUUUAGUCAUGCUAUGUAAAUGUCAGAAAAUAACCGUUUAAUUCAUUUUACUACCGACCUUCAAAAUGUUUAAAAAAUGAGGC